AUGGUCUUUCGCACAAAAAUGCCGGAAAAUUCUCUUGAUGCUGGUUCCAGCACCCAGGUUGGAACGUGCCCUACGAACGCUACACACUCAAACACCGAUGAUGAGCAUGUUUGCUGCUUUUGCCCUUUUCGAUCGUGCUCCAAAGCAAACUUAGUAUUUCAUAUAAAAGAAAGACACAGUGAAUACGUAUUUGCUACAUGCAAGACAUGCAAGCAGUUCUUCUCAACUGGUGAUAUAAUUGAACAUGUUCUACGUUGCAAAGGUUCCCAUGCUUGUUCAUAUUGCCGAUCUACUUUCGCCCAUUCGUCCUAUCUGCAGCGGCAUAUCGCAAGGAAACAUUCCACAAAAGUGCGAGCUCAUUGCGAUAUUUGCAGUAGAUCGUUCUCAUCUAAUUAUUCGUUGGCUGUCCAUAAACGAGCGCAUGAGGGCUUUAUGCCAUAUUCAUGUGACAUUUGCAAGAUGAGGUUCUUUCAGAAAAAUCAUUUGCACCUACAUAUGGACUGCCAUCAUGCCUAUGUUGAGCUCUCAAGACACGAAAAACCGUUUGCCUGUUCAAAAUGUGGUCGUUGCUUCCUCUUUGCCUCCAGUCUUUGGCAUCACAGGAGACAACACAUUCAGGAUCCUUCAAAAUGCGAGUUGCUCCGAAAUAUUCCUAUAUUCUUUCUUUUAAAUUCGAAUAUUAAUAGAUUAAAUGCUCUUUAUGAUCUCACUUUCGUGUUUUAUGCCAUUACUUUAAUACUCUACGAUCCUACUUUAGAUAUUCAUUGCUGUCAAGUUUGCGGUAAAGCUUUUGCAUAUCGCAGUGAACUGGAGCGCCAUGCUACUAUGCAUUCAAAGCAAAACACUACUCUCAAGUGCGUCUAUUGUUUGCGCGGUUUCUCCCGUACCAGUCAGCUUAAUGCACAUAUUUUAAGGCACACUAACCCAAGCCUGUUUACAUGCAGUUAUUGUAACCGGACCUAUGCUUCUCGUGCGUCACUUCUGAGUCAUAUGUCUAAACACGAAGCAAAAGGAUGCUCGACAUCUUACGCGAGCAAAACUGCUGAUUGCAUUCCUUCCGAUUUGGAGGGUGGUAGUCUGUCGGACGAUUAUCUAAUUGACCAGGAUAUUAGCGACGUGCUUCUUGAUGAGGCUUGGAAUCAAGGCGAUUUCGUCAAAUCUACUGAAGAUCUGACCUGUUCCCCAAAUGUCAAUUUGUUGCAUGCAAUUUUGUACGAAGGAGAGAAUUCUAACUCUGCGCCCGUCGCGGCUACAAAGUCUUAG